CGCUGCCUUUCCCCCGCUCUGCCCUCAGCGCCUGGUCUCUCAGUUAUGGCGGCCGCCGCAUCUGUGAGCCCCGAGGACCUGCUGCCCAAGGGCGGCGCGGGCAAGGCCGAGGAGCUGGAGGAGGAGCUGGACGAUGACGACGACGACGAGCUGGACGAGACGCUGAGUGAGCGCCUGUGGGGCCUGACCGAGAUGUUCCCGGACCGCGUGCGCGCCGCGGCCGGCGCCACCUUCCACCUCUCCCUCUCCGUGGCCCAGAAGAUGUACAGAUUCUCUCGAGCGGCGCUGUGGAUCGGCACCACGUCCUUCAUGAUCCUGGUACUCCCCGUUGUAUUUGAGACUGAGAAACUGCAAAUGGAGCAGCAGCAGCAGCUGCAGCAGCGACAGAUACUUCUAGGGCCCAACACAGGACUGUCCGGAGGAAUGCCAGGGGCUCUGCCUCCACUUUCUGGAAAGAUUUAACUUUUCAGAAGCUGCACUGGAUCCGUAUCCUAUUGGAAGACCUUGAAAUUACAUUUGAACUGUUGAGUUGUCCAGCCAGGGCACUUUUUUUUUUAUUUUGGGACACUGACCUCUCUACACUGGGGUAAAAACCCCUCUCUGGACCUUUUUUGAUAGCAUCUGUCCAUACUUUCCCCUGAAGAAAUCAUGAAUCUUUCCUCUAAUCUUUUACAAAAACUCUAAAUGGAGGAGCUCCUCUUCUGGACUCCUUGCUUCUAGGGAAACCACCCUGGGGCAUAAAUUGGGCUCUGGUCACUUUUAUCCAGUGUUUUCUGCAAUCAAAAGAAAAUACUGUAUUUUUUUUCCUGGCUAAAGCAAGGUUAGGAGAGAUCUAUGAUAAAAAGCAAGAGUGAAUUUCUCUGUGGGGGAGUGAAUGAGGAAGGGUGGCAUAAACAUCUGUGCCCUAUGGAGAAAAUUAUGUACAGCUUGCUUGCAAACAUUUUCACUGUGGUUUUUUUAGUUUGGGGAAGAAGUGGGGUAGCAGACUCAGUUGAGGAUUGCAUCUGUGCCGAUUCUGUAUUUGCAUCAUAAAGCUACACUUCAGAAGUCAGCUGCAUAAUUUUUUUGUAUUGAAUAUUAAAUAAAAUUCAGUCUAAACACUG